AAACACUGCGACAGGCAGAAGGCAAACCUGAGGAUCCGCUUCAAGCCCUCGCUCUUCCAGCACGUGGGAACCCACUCCUCCUUGGCUGGGAAGAUACAGAAGCUGAAGGACAAGGACUUCGGCAAGCAGGCCCUGCGGAAGGAGCACGUCAACCCUCCCGCGGAGGUGAGCACCAGCCUGAAAACCUACCAGCACUUCACCUUGGAGAAGGCUUACCUGCGGGAGGACUUCUUCUGGGCCUUCACUCCCACUGCUGGAGACUUCAUCAGAUUCAGAUUCUUCAAACCGCUCCGCAUCGAAAGGUUCUUCUUCCGCAGCGGGAACAUCGAGCACCCAGAAGACAAACUCUUCAAUACAACUGUGGAGGUUUUGCCGUUUGACAGCCUGCAGGCGGAUAAGGAAGCCUUGCAGGAAGGAAGAGGCACAGUUGUCAAAUACCGCAGGACGCCGGAUGGCUACAUCCAGAUAGGCUCCUUCUCCAAAGGCGUUGCAGAGGGCGAGGUGGACCCGUCCUUCGGGCCGCUGGAGGCCAUCAGGCUGUCCAUCCAGACCGACUCCCCAGUGUGGAUCAUCUUGAGCGAGAUUUUUAUCAAAAAAGCAGAGUGA